AUGGAACGAAAACAUGGAUGGCGCAGUACAAUUGUUCCUGGCAGAAAAGCGAUCACACAAAUAGCUGCUUUACACGAUGCCGGAGUUACCGAAGACAUGUCAUACUUGAACGAAAAAUCCGUUUUGGAUGAGUCGUCAAAUUUGAAUGAUACUCAUGAUGACGAUGAAGAAAGAGCAUUGAGAAAAAAAGGAUUCUCUGAACGUGAAAUUAACAAAAGACUGCAAGGUCAAAAAGUUGAAAAACUCGCAAAGGCCCAAGGUCGCCUCAAAGAACAAAUGUUAGGAGCGAAGAAUUUCAAAGAAUUGAUGGAAAAACACGAGUACUCAGAACGAGAAAGCGACGAUGAAAAUGAUACUGCUGAGAACAUAACUAUCACGAAUAAACCAGUUUUCGCUAUUCCUGCACUUCCCAAGCAUUUGAGUGAAAAGUCAAUGAUGGGAUCACCGGUUGCUGGAACGAAAGGAAGCGGAAAAGCCGGUCUCAGUUGCUCAACUCCAAAAAGUGGAAAAGAUGUUUCAAUGCGUUCUCUAAGGGUUCUUGAUAUCUCCCAUGUCGUUAACACAGACCAAUUAGAUUAUGACAAAGUGGCAGUCCAUAACAAAAACGUACUUAUUCCAAUUGUGGAAAACACCGAACAAUCUUCGGCCAAAAUGGGAGAAACUUUUACUGUUAGAGAUGACCAAGAUGAAAAUCAAAAGCAUGGACAUGUAUCUGCAAAUGAAGCAUCUCUACAGAAAACGUUCACUGUAGAUCCUAGAACAGAGGUCGAUAAAUCAGAAUCAGCUCUUCAGAAAACUUUCACUCUACAUCCAAGAGCAGAGGGCGAUAAAUCAGAAUCAAGUCUUCAGAAAACAUUUACUGUCCCUGAAGGUGAUCAGGAUUCUACAAGGCAUUCCUCUCUACAAAAUACUUUUGUAAAAAGCGGUUCGAAUGAUAGUUUACUGCCAAAUGAUGGGAAGCGAGCUCAAGAUGACACAAAGAAAAUAGAUGAAAGUGUCAAUGCUGAUCAAUCAGGUUCUGUAAUUGAUUCUAGCAAACUGUCUGGCAACUGUAUUUCGAACGAACUAAUCGACACAACAAUCACGGAAAACACAGUUGAAGGAGUAGAACAAAGAAGACGAUCAAAUAAAGUUGGAGUUCAAGAGCGGGAAAGACGCCAUGCAGAUUUGAACUCUUCUUUGAUGAAAAGUAUGAUUGAGGAAGUUCCGUCUCCUGGUGCUAACUACUUUAAGAAUCCCCGUAAGAAGCUAAGACCUACUGUUGAAGUCCCGCCAAAGAUCAUCAGCAGACUGAGUGUUGAAUCAGACAAAGAAAAAACUAUUGAAAUGUUGUCGAUGGUCGAAGAAGUCUCAAUGGAAGCCGAGUCCAACGGCCCAUCAUUUGUUGAUCCACUAUCUGUGAACGGGUCUCGCAUCUCACCAAUUCCAGAAGUAGACAAAAUCACAAAUCCGACGAAUGUCACACCAAAAUCAAAUCGUCGCAAUCUUCCCAUCCGAGGCAAUUCUAUGGAAACCGUGCGAGUAACUCAGGCAAAUGAUGUUUCUUCUGUCAUUACUCCCAAGCUCAAUUAUCUGAAACCUACUAUAUCAUCAUUGAGAAAACAUGUUAAUGAACCCGAAUGCGACGAUACCCUUUUCGGUACUCGUAGAGAGCGAUGCACACCUGGAAAAAGUGCCACGACGGCAAAAACAGUGGUUCAAGAUGCACCGAUCAUUGAGAAGACGCCGGUAACUGGAGAAGGAGUAACAGUCAAAAAUGAUCAGCGAAAUGAUGCGAGCAACAGAGAUCUUUCCACCGGAUUACCCGAAGAGACCUAUCGACCGUCGUUCAAUCUUGAGUUAGAAGUGGGUGAUAUGUCAAUCCGGCCGUCUCCUAAAAGAUUGAGUGCUAACUUGGAUUCGGUGGAACCUGCUGAUUUUGACUUGGACCUCCCAACUGUGAGAAUCGAGAAUCAGGCGGGUCCUUCUAAUCAAAGAUCAUCCAGAAAUAGAGCUGCUCUGCUUAGUGACUCGAUUGCCACUGUGAACACUCCGGGAUAUAACCGUACUGCUAGAUGUCGUGUCAUGAAUGACACGAAUGUGGAAGAAUCGUGGCAAUCCGAUGAAGACGACGUCAUUCUCAGUAGGAGAAAUCCGGGGAAAAAUGGGAAAAAUGUUGGACUCCAGCUCAAAAAGCGCGAAAUAAUUCAACCAGACACAAAUAAUGGAAACAGACGAUCAGCUCGCAACAGAGUUAAACCACUCCGGUCCUGGCUUGGAGAGAAAGCCGUGUACGUAAACUCGCCAAGUGGAGGAAGACGUUUAACUAGCGUGUCUGAUGUCGUUAUCAAAGACAAAAGACUGUGCAAAUAUCGGACCGCUGAUCUUAAACUGGCUACUGAACGAGAACAGCGAGCAAAAGCACACAAAAAGGAAUUGGCUGCUAGGAAACGAGAAAUUCUGCUCAGAGAUCAACAAGCAGGGCGCCGAAUGGACGAAUCACAUUAUGAUAUUCAUACCGAUGACGAAGAAUGA